UAUUUGCUUCUAUUCACUUGUCUUCACUGGUUCACUUUCUGGUCGAUAAUCCUGAACUACUAAGUUCCUGUCACAGAUGGGCUCAAUGAACUCAAACAACUGGCUAUCUUUCCCUCUUUCUCCUCCUCAUUCCACCUUACAUAACCUUCAUACACCUCAAGCUCAUCAGUUCUCUCUAGGGUUAAUGAAUGAUACUGUUGAUCACCCUUUCCAAAGCCAAGAAUGGAAUUUGAUCAAUUCUACUGAUGGUGAUGAAGUACCAAAGGUGGCAGACUUUCUUGGUGUCUGUAAAUCUGAUAACUUACAAGAAGUACUUCCAGCAUUUAACCAAAUUACAGCAAAUCAAUCUGACUAUAACAUCUUCUCUAGUAGUACUCAACAGGCAGCACAGCUCUCAGUGGCUACCACUACUAAUGAAUAUGAUUCUUCUGGAAGUGUUCAUAAUUUACAGUCAUUGACACUGUCUAUGGGUAGUACUGAGGGUACUAAUGGUGAGAGCAGUAGUGGUACUAUUGCUGUUGAUUCAGCUCCAAGAAGGGCUGUGGAUACAUUCGGGCAAAGAACAUCGAUAUACCGAGGUGUAACAAGGCAUAGAUGGACAGGAAGGUAUGAAGCUCAUCUAUGGGAUAAUAGUUGUAGAAGGGAAGGACAAGCAAGGAAAGGUCGACAAGUCUACUUGGGAGGAUAUGAUAAGGAAGAGAAGGCUGCUAGAGCUUAUGAUUUGGCAGCUCUUAAGUAUUGGGGAACCUCCACAACAACAAAUUUUCCUUUAAGUAAUUAUGAGAGGGAACUAGAGGAGAUGAAGCACAUGACAAGACAAGAAUUUGUUGCAUCCCUUAGAAGGAAGAGCAGUGGAUUUUCGAGGGGUGCAUCCAUGUAUCGUGGGGUUACAAGGCAUCAUCAACAUGGACGAUGGCAAGCUAGAAUUGGGAGGGUAGCAGGAAACAAGGACCUCUACUUAGGCACUUUCAGUACAGAAGAGGAAGCAGCAGAGGCAUAUGAUAUUGCUGCUAUAAAGUUUAGAGGGCUUAGUGCAGUAACAAAUUUUGACAUAAACAGAUAUGAUGUGAAGACCAUUCUUGAAAGCAGAUCACUACCCAUUAGAGGUGGGGCAGCAAAGCGUAUUAAGGAGUCUCAAGUGCUUGAGGCAUCAAGAAAGAGAGAUGAAAUGAAUGCUCUCACCUCAAGUUUCUACAGUGGAAGUGGAAGCUCAAGUAAUUUUCAAGCUGCUGGCUAUGCUUUAUUGCCUUCAUUUGAACAACAACCUCAACCCUUGCUUUCCUUACAACCCCAGCAGAAUUCCCAAUUUCAACACAAUUACAUUAAUGCCCAAAACCAGUUGUCUCAACCCACUCCUCCUUUAAUCCAUUCUAGCCACCAGGAAUCUGAUCAUUUCAAUCAAAAUUAUUUUCUUCAUGGUAUGAUGAACAUGGGCCAAUCAUCUAUCUCUAUUAUGGAUAACAAUAAUGGGAGCUCUAAUAGUAACAACUACAAUGGAGGGUACCUUGAGAAUGCUGGGAUGAUGGGAUCUGUGAAUUCAGUUGCAGGCAUGGGGUCCACAUCUGAUCUUGGGUUUGUUAAGAGUGAGUAUAACAUGAACACAGGAGGAGGUUAUGGUGGCUGGUCAGCAGACCCUGUUCAGGGAUCAAGCAUUGGUGUUUUCCCAAUGUGGAAUGAUACCUAACUUGUUUAUGGAAAGCUAAAGGUAGGUAACCUUAAUCAGAUUUUGUUUUAUGUUCUUAUCUUUCUAAGAGAAACUCUGUCA